AUGCUACGUACUCAUCGAAAUAAGCAGGCACAACCUGCAUCGGAAAAACCCUCCCGCUGCCUCAUUGACCCCGCAGUAAUCCGACUUCAAUCAGACCUGAAGAACAUCGACUUGCCGGCGCAAUGUAGACUCGAAAUUCCGAACGAAAACGACCUGAAGAGCUUGGUAGCCUACAUAGAGCCUGAUACUGGUUAUUACAAGGGUGGGUGCUUCCGAUUUCAGAUUACAGUGCCGGCCAAUUAUCCCCACGACCCCCCCAAGGUCAGAUGUACCCAAAUGAUAUUCCACCCAAAUAUUGAUAGAAACGGCAGUGUGUGUCUGAACAUCCUUGGCGUGGGUUGGAACCCUAUAUUAUCGGUAUACUCCGUCGUGCUGGGUCUACUAGACCUCUUCUUCCAUCCUCAAACGGAAGACCCCCUAAAUAAAGAGGCAGCUAACCUCCUUGCUGGAGAUGCGUCGGAAUUUAGUCGUGCUGUGUGUCACACAAUGAGAGGCCGUUCAUACGGUACGCCUCAUCAGGAAUACACUGACGUAAUAAACAGUGGUAGUCAACAGCGAUAA